AUGAGCAGACACCAACCGCUGCAAACGACAGACGUCCUCGACCCCCGUUUGGGCGGCAACUCGCCGUCGAACAAUCCCGCACCGCCGCCGUCCUCCCAGCUCAAGUAUGAGCGUGCGCCAACCCAUUUCUCGUCCGCCAGCAAUGUGAAUGCAUAUCCGCCGCACCAGAGUCCACAGCCAUACUAUCAUCCAUACUCUACACCGCAGGCUCACGACACGCCGGGGCAGUCGGUCAAUGGCCCGAGCACGGCGAACGCGAGCAACCAGGCGAGCCCAGAAGGAACGGAUGGAGCAUACCAGAUCCCCGCAGAUGCUGGGGAGAAUAGUCCGGGCGAAGAAGGAAAUGGGCAGCCCGGAGACGAUUCCAAGCGGCCUCGGGCUUGCGAAGCAUGUCGUGGAUUGAAAGUUCGCUGCGAUCAGGAUCCGCAGCAUCCAGAGCUCCCAUGCCGAAGAUGCCAGAAAGCAGGCAGACAAUGCAUCAUCACGGCUCCAAGUCGCAAAAGGCAAAAGAAGGCGGACACACGGGUGGCUGAGUUGGAGAAGAAGCUUGAUGCCUUGACCGCUGUCCUCCAGCAGCAGCGAUCGGGACAGGCGCCCUAUGGAUCACCCCAACAUAUCGGUAUUGCGCCCCAGGCAGACAUGAUGCACGGCAGAGCGAGCACUUCGUCAAUUCCACAAUUCGCCCAGCCAAGCCCAUCAACAGGACAGUCGGGCUCGGCGGAUCGCACCCCCAUGCAGCCUUCGCAGAAGCGACGUCGCACUGGAGCUGGACCAGGUGAUGCUGAUGCACUCGAUGCUCAACAAGCUGAGCGCGAGGAUUCUACUAUUGAACAUUUUCGCGAGAUCACCGAUGCAUGGGCCCCCUCUCGCGAUUCUAUGCGAUACCUGAUUCAUCGCUCACCGGAAGAGUUUCUGAAUCGGAUCAACUCGCUCGUCAAUCCGGAUAUGGGAAAGACCAUUUUCAAUCGAUACAUCACCAAGUUGGCGCCGCAUAUGCCAGCUGUGGCAUUUGCUCCAGGAACCAACGCCGAGCAGGUCUGGAAGGAUAAGCCAAUUCUCUACGUGUGCAUUCUCUCUUCUGCCUCCGCUGGAUAUUUGCAUCCCGACGUCACGAAGCAGCUAUCGAGAGAAGCGUUUCGUGCAAUUGCCGACUGCGUGGUUUGCAAUGGCGCCAAAUCACUCGAGCUCGUUCAAGCGAUGCAAGUUCUGGCUUUAUGGUACAAGCCGCCAGAGAAGGCCGAGCAGACCAACUUUUACCAGAUCAUCCACAUGGCUGCCGCCAUGGCAAUUGACAUCGGGCUCGGCAAGCGCUUCAAUCCAGCAAAGGCGAGAAGAGGAUUCGGUGGGCCCCAUGCGGAGUAUGCUCCUGGUCCACAGAUGAUACUGCCACAGAACUCGGAUACGAUGGAGGCGAGGCGAGCCUGGCUGGCCUCUUACUAUCUCUGUGCAAGGUGAGCUUAUUCUGAUAUCAUCAAUGCAGUUAUUGCUGACAAAACUUAGUGCGUCUAUGGUACUUCGCAGGCCGAACCUUCUCAGGUGGACCAACUAUAUGAAGGAGUGCAUCGAUGUAUUGGAAACAAGUUCAGAUGCUUUGCCUUCAGACAAGUUGUUUUGUCAGUACAUCAGAGUGCAGCAUAUUUGCGAAAACAUCGGCCUGCAAUUCCUCAUGGAUGACAAUACGGCCACUGUCAGCAUCACGGACCCGAAAGUCACGUAUGCACUCAACGUUCUGGAGAAUGACCUCAAGACCUGGGCAGAUGGCAUUCCUCCCGAGUGCAAAGACCACCCUGCACUGAAGUUCUUCGAGCACGUCGCAAACUUGUAUCUGCACGAGAUCGCGUUGCAUUUCAAUCACAACAUCGAAGACUUUCGACUUCCCUUUACUGAAGAAUCGCUCAAGUCGGUCAACAACAGCUCGGAGACCCUCACACAGCACCAGAUGGCCGCACUGGAAGCUUGCCGGAAGUCAGCGCAUGGUAUUCUAGAUACCUUCCUAUCUAUGGAAGUGGAGACCGUCAAGGCUUUGCCCAUGCUCAUCUACUUUGUUCGUUGCACCUACGCUCUGGUCAUUCUUAUCAAAAUGCACGUCGCCAUCACGACGCCGGGCAGUGAGAUAUCGAAGAUCAUGUCCGUCCGCGAUGUGCGAGUGGACUUCUAUGUCGAUGGCUUGAUCAGCAUGUUUGGACAUGUCGCCAAUGAGCAGGAAUUCCGACCUCAUCCUAAGAUCUUACGCAUCCUCUCUGUGCUGAGGAAUUGGUUCGGCAAGCACAAAGAGAACGUUGCAGCACAAGCAAGGGGCGAGCAGCUACCUCAUCCAGCAGCCACUGCCUUCCAGGCGAGCCGACAAGCAAGUAAUACCGAUUCAGCGGCAUCGAAUACACAGACGCCUCUCCAUCUUCUGUCGCAAGUGGCGACUGGGAAUCAGGGUCAGCAGUCGGGUGGUGAUUCGCAGGACUGGUCUUUCAGUACUCCAUUCCCGGUGGAUUACACACAGCCGCCGCCUGCUGGCCAUCCCGAUGCCAAGUUUCCCGCUCACCAACAGCAGCAGGCUCCAGCGCAGGCUUCCACAUACCCGCCCUUACCGGACGCGACUACUGCGUAUGCUGAUCAGUCUGGUAUGGACGGUCAAAUGUCCCACGAGUAUCUGUGGGGCUCUGGAUUCGAGCAGGCCAUGGAUUUGAGCUUGGGAAGCAUGGACGGACUCUCGAGCGGUGGCAUCGAUGGCCUCUUCUUCGGAGCUGGCAUGGCGCCUUUCGGAUUGAAUGGGGAUGGGUUGGGUGCCGCUGGGUGGUAG